AUGGAUGUAAAGCUGAAAGAGCGGGAGUUUUGGUACAGUCUCCAUGGUCAAGUCCCCGGAAUGCUGGAAUGGGACAUGGGGAAUGAAUUUUUCCUGCCUUGUACCACAGAUCAGUGCUCUUUCGCUGAGCAGUGUCUUGUCAAAUACAAAGUUCAACUGCUAAAACCACCAGCACUGCCUCAAGAGAGGAAACCCAAUCCUGAUGAUGAUGAUCCCCCCACGGAACCCAGCUUGUGGAUGUGGGUGAAUCCCAACAUGGUGUACCCCGCCAACAGCAAAGAGGUUCCAAAUCCCAGUCGUAGAGUUCUGCCAAGUGCACCAAUCCCAAAGACUGAUGAGUCGAGCUGCUUAGGGACUCAGAGGGUGUUACAGUCCCUGUCUGUUCUCCACACUGAGCAUUGUCAGCGACAAAGGCUGCCCGUUUUAUCCACUGAAGCUUUCACAGGGCAGGAGACUGAGGAACAGGGAUGCACGUCCUCUAAGAAAUACACCAAGAAGCACACACUGUACCUUGACCCACACCUGGACAAGGAGUCCUGGCCACGCCCUCCUCUCAACUACAGCCAUCUAGUUGCCCUGGCAUUAAAAAGCAGCCCUUCCUGUGGCCUCAAUGUGCAACAGAUCUACAAUUUUACUCGACAGCAUUUCCCCUAUUUCCGGACUGCACCAGAAGGCUGGAAAAACACCAUUCGCCACAAUCUCUGUUCCUUGACCUGCUUUGAAAAGGUGCCAGUCCCCGUUGAGGAGGAGACAGAUGGAAAACCUCGCGCGUUCCUAUGGAAACUCACUGACGAGGGACACCGCUUCUUUCAGGAGGACACCCGUGUCUUGGCCUAUGCUCGAAAGGAGAGCAUUAAGCAGUGCAUGCGCCAACCAGAACUGAUAGACCUUCUCUUUCAACUUUAA